UCAGAGGCCCCAACUGUGGGGGAAGGGCAAGCCCCAGGCAUGGAAGAGACGGAUGGGGAGCUGACAGCGGCCCCCACACCUGAGCAGCCAGAACGAGGUGUCCACUUCGUCACAACAGCCCCCACCCUGAAACUGCUAAACCACCACCCACUGCUCGAGGACUUCCUACAAGAGGGACUGGAGAGGGGUGAGAAGGAACUGAGGCCAGCACUGCCCUUCCAGCCUGACCCACCUACACCCUUCACCCCAAGUCCCCUUCCCCGCCUGGUCAACCAGGACAACCGCCCUGUCUUUACCAGCCCCACUCCGGCCAUGGCUGCAGCACCCACUCAGCCCCAGUCCAGGGAGGGACCCUGGAGCCUAGAGUCAGAACCCCCUGUGCUUCGUAUCACAGCUCCCCUACCUCCAGGACCCAGCAUGGCAGUGCCCACCCUAGGCCCAGGGGACAGGCCCAGUACUACACCCCCCAGCAGAGCACGGACUCCAACCCAAGAAGGUCCUGGAGACAUGGGCAGGCCAUGGGCUCCAGAGGUCAUGUCCCAGACCACAGGGCUCGGGAUCGAGGGGACCAUCGCCACCUCCACAGCUUCAGGGGAUGACGAGGAGACUACCACCACCACCACCAUCAUCACCACUACUAUAACCACAGUCCAGCCACCAGGCUCUUGUAGCUGGAAUUUCUCAGGCCCAGAGGGCUCUCUGGACUCCCCCACAGCCUCCAGCUUACCCCCUGAUGUCGGCCUGGAUUGUUUCUACUACAUCUCCGUCUACCCUGGCUAUGGUGUGGAAAUCAAGGUCUGGAAUAUCAGCCUCCGGGAGGGGGAGACCAUGACUGUGGAGGGCCUGGGGGCACCUGACCCACUACCUCUGGCCAACCAGUCUUUCCUGCUGCGGGGCCAAGUCAUCCGCAGCCCCACCCACCAAGCAGCCCUGAAGUUCCAGAGCCUCCCACCACCUGCUGGACCUGGCACCUUCCAUUUCCACUACCAAGCCUAUCUCCUGAGCUGCUACUUUCCCCAACGUCCAGCUUAUGGAGAUGUGACUGUCACCAGCCUCCAUCCAGGAGGCAGCGCCCGCUUCCACUGUGCCACUGGCUACCAGCUGAAGGGUGCCAGUCUCCUUACUUGUCUCAAUGCUACUCAACCCUUCUGGGAUUCCCAGGAGCCUGUAUGUAUUGCUGCCUGUGGUGGUGUGAUCCGUAACGCCACCACUGGCCGUAUUGUCUCUCCGGGCUUCCCGGGCAACUAUAGCAACAACCUCACCUGCCACUGGCUGCUUGAGGCUCCUGAGGGCCAGCGGCUACACCUGCACUUUGAGAAGGUUUCCCUGGCAGAGGAUGAUGACAGGCUCAUUAUUCGCAAUGGGGACAACGUGGAUGCCCCACCUGUGUACGAUUCCUAUGAGGUGGAAUACCUGCCCAUUGAGGGCCUGCUCAGCUCUGGCAGACACUUCUUUGUGGAACUCAGUACUGAUAGCAGCGGGGCAGCUGCAGGCAUGGCCCUGCGCUAUGAGGCCUUCCAGCAGGGCCAUUGCUAUGAGCCCUUUGUCAAAUACGGCAACUUCAGCAGCAGUGCACCCUCCUACCCCGUUGGUACCACUGUGGAGUUCAGCUGCGACCCUGGCUACACCCUGGAGCAGGGUUCCAUCAUCAUCGAAUGUGUUGACCUCCAUGACCCUCAGUGGAAUGAGACAGAGCCAGCCUGCCGAGCCGUGUGCAGCGGGGAGAUCACAGACUCGGCCGGAGUUGUGCUCUCCCCCAACUGGCCAGAGCCCUACGGCCGUGGGCAGGACUGCAUCUGGGGUGUGCAUGUGGAAGAGGACAAGCGCAUCAUGCUGGACAUCCGAGUGCUGCGCAUAGGCCCUGGUGAUGUUCUUACCUUCUAUGAUGGGGAUGACCUGACAGCUCGGGUCUUGGGCCAGUACUCAGGGCCCCGUGGCCACCUCCAGCUCUUUACCUCCAUGGCUGAUGUCACCAUCCAGUUCCAGUCGGACCCUGGGACCUCAGUGCUGGGAUACCAGCAGGGCUUCGUCAUCCACUUCUUUGAGGUGCCCCGCAAUGACACAUGUCCGGAGCUGCCUGAGAUCCCCAAUGGUUGGAAGAACCCGUCACAGCCUGAGCUGGUACAUGGCACUGUGGUUACUUACCAGUGCUACCCCGGCUACCAGGUGGUGGGAUCCAGUGUCCUCAUGUGCCAGUGGGACCUAACCUGGAGUGAGGACCUGCCCUCAUGCCAGAGGGUGACUUCCUGCCAUGACCCUGGGGAUGUGGAACACAGCCGACGCCUCAUAUCCAGCCCCAAGUUUCCUGUGGGGACCACAGUGCAGUAUAUCUGCGACCAGGGUUUUGUGCUGACGGGUAGCACCAUCCUCACCUGCCAUGAUCGCCAGGCCGGCAGCCCCAAGUGGAGUGACCGGACCCCCAAAUGUCUUUUGGAACAACUCAAGCCAUGCCAUGGCCUCAGUGCCCCCGAGAAUGGAGCCCGCAGUCCUGAGAAGCGGCUACAUCCAGCAGGGGCCACCAUUCACUUCUCUUGUGCCCCAGGCUAUGUGCUGAAGGGCCAGGCCAGGAUCAAGUGUGUGCCUGGGCACCCCUCGCAUUGGAGUGACCCCCCACCCAUCUGUAGGGCUGCCUCUCUGGAUGGGUUCUACAGCAGCCGCAGCCUAGAUGUUGCCAAGGCACCUGCUGCCUCCAGCACCCUGGAUGCUGUCCACAUUGCAGCUGCCAUCUUCUUGCCGCUGGUGGCAAUGGUGCUGUUGGUGGGAGGUGUGUACCUCUACUUCUCCAGGCUCCAGGGGAAAAGCCCCCUCCAGCUGCCCCGAACACGCCCCCACCCCUACAACCGCAUCAUGGUGGAGUCAGCAUUUGACAAUCCAACCUAUGAUACUGGAUCUCUUUCCUUUGCAGGAGACGAGAGAAUAUGA